UCUGGCGGCCGAAAAAUGGAUGAUGAUGAUGAUGACAUUCCCCAGCUUUCAUCCCAUACGUUGGCUGCCCUCCAGGAGUUCUAUUUGGAACAGCAGCAGAGAGAGGGCAUGAAGACCUCCCAAGGGUUUAAUCAAUAUUCCAUUGGCUCAAUAGAAGAAGACUGGCAACUGAGCCAGUUUUGGUACAGCGAUGAAACUGCAUCAUGCCUGGCUAAUGAAGCUGUUGUGGCAGCCGGAAAAGGUGGCAGGAUAGCAUGUGUUAGUGCACCGAGUGUGUACCAGAAACUGAAAGAACAGGAUGGUAAACAUUUUUCAGUGUGUAUACUGGAGUACGACAGAAGGUUUUCUGUAUAUGGAGAAGAAUUUAUUUUCUAUGAUUACAACCACCCUUUGAACUUACCUGAAAAUCUCCUGCCACACAGUUUUGACAUCGUAAUAGCAGAUCCACCCUAUCUGUCUGAGGAAUGUCUUCAAAAAACUGCAGAGACCAUCAAAUACUUAACAAAAGGAAAGAUUCUGCUUUGCACAGGUGCAAUCAUGGAGGAACAGGCAGCAAAGCAUCUUGGUGUGAAGAUAUGCAAGUUUAUUCCAAAACACUCACGAAAUUUGGCCAAUGAAUUUCGGUGUUACGUGAACUAUGCUUCUGGACUGGACUGAUUCUCAUAAGAAGAUCCACAACUUCUUUCAGUCAAGCUCCUUUCUGUUUUUUAUCAGUGACUCCACAUUUCUCAAUGUUGAAAUAUUCAGCUCCAAGUACUGUUUUCUGGGCUAGCUUGAAUCAACACAGUGUAAUAGCCUCUCUCUUUUAAAUGUGUAAGCAUUUGCAGUUACUGUGUUUUGUAUCUUACUUAUUAGGUAAAUGGGGACCAAGUAAUGCAGGUGCUGGAUAAUGGGAACUUCUCUGAGUUUCAUUCUAACUAGUAGUUUUUACCAUUCAAGGACUCUUCAGUGACCUCUCUGAAGUGAUUUUAGCUGGUUGGCUUGUAACAACACAUAGGUGCUUGCCUCACAGACAUCAGAAUCAUCAUGGCAUCAGAAAUGAUGACUUGGUAGCUAGUGGGUGGUUGAAAGAACAUGAAUAGUGGUCUUUCAAUCUUGAGAGAUGCGUACUUAGUGAAGGGAUUGAGAGAUGUUUGUUCUGAAUGUGUCGUGUUUUCAGAUUCAUUAUCCAGCAGGCUGAUGUUUUUAUACAGGAUAACUAGAAGAGAAAAUAGGUUUCCUUCUGGGAAGGCCUUUCCAGUUGCUUUUAAUAAUAAUCAGAACUACUUACCGGUUGCCAAGUAAGAUAAGAUCUACUAUCCACUGUUGUUGCCAGACUGGCUUUUUAAAAACUUGUGGUUAUUAUUUCACCUUUUCUCUAAAGCCUUGUCACAAACCCAGGCUUUCUUUUUGUAAAAGAUAAGAUCUAUUUUGUCAUCACUUAUCAGCAUAUAAACUUGUGUAUGUAUAUAUGCUGUGCUAGAGAAAAAGGAAUGUAAGUUGUUAAACAUCUCUUUGCAGAAGUACAGUGCAUUUAUUUUGCGAUGUUUAUGUGUUAGUGCAACAGGAAGUCAUGAGCUUUUAAAAAACCACACAACUAGUCUCUUUAUUUACCAGUUAAGCUGAUCUCCAGAGAUGGUGUAAACCUGAUGUCUCCUUGAAAAAAGCACAAUAAGGAUUUCCCCAUUAGAGAGAGCUUUACUUUCAUUAAGAAUCCUACAGAUUAGUCAGGCCAAAUCACCUGGAAUACAAAGUAAUUACUAAAUAAAAAUGCAACACAUCAGCCAGUCCUUGCAUUAGUGCUUCAGACUGUGCUCAUGGGUUCUCACUUUGAGUUACUCUUCCUGUCAGUUAUGAGAUGCACCUGUAAUAAUGUGACCCAUACACGUUAGUCCUUUAAAUCUUAAUGGAUCUGAUUAAAUACAGUGCCUGCUUUUUAGUAGAUUUCAAUAUCAAGCUAAAGAUGAUUUACAGGUGUGUCAAAUUUGUAGUUACAAGAACAGUCCUUUUUUUUCCACUUGCCCAGUUUUAUCUUUGCCUCCUGUUCCACAGACAGUAGCAGAGCCAUAGAAUAGAGGUGUCUUAGAAAUCGUUGAAUCUUACAAGGCCACUGAGGUAUAACGUAUUGAUAAACUCCCGCUGUUUCUAAUAGACAAAUGUUAAAUUUUAUAUACAAUGUUUGGGCUAUAUUUCAAUUUCAAACAGAUGAUACAUUAGAAAAGCUUUGCUUUGUGAUAGUAGAGAUUUUUGGUGACUGGGAAUUUUUAAACCAGUUUUGACUAACCUUUUGCCUACACUAUUAAUGUAUUUUUGGGUGAAAGCUGGUUCAUAAAUGCCAAGGAACUCAACAGUUUUAUCAGCUAUAAAUACACUAUGCAAAACUUGUUUUAUGUGCCAUAUUUAUAUAUUGGGAUUGUGUAAAAGGCUAACAGAAAUGCUGCAUCCACAAAAUGAAGGAAUUUAUUUUGUGGUGGGGAUAAACCUAAUUAAGCUUGUGAGGCAAGACUUCUGAUAAGGUAGAGACGAUACUCAUGUUUCUGUGUAUUUCGGCUGUUUGGAUGCAGAUUUUCCCAUCUGGUGGAGUAAACAAAUGAG